UCCAGGGGCUCCGACGCAUGCGCGCCGCGCUCUCGAGGAGGAGGCUGUGGUGCUGGUGGCGACUGCUGUGUUAGUGGGGACGGGGACUGUUAAAGUGCCAUCUUCGACUCAGCUGGCUCAGACUGUGGCUCAUGGAAUUCAGUGGCAUCCAUCGUCAGAUCAUUAACUGAAGACGAAAUAAACAGCUAUGCAAAACUCUCACAUGGAUGAGUACAGAAAUUCCAGUAAUGGCAGCAUAGGCAGCAGUUCAGAGGCAGUGGUAGAGCAGCCUGCUGAUUUUAGUACGGAGAUUAUGAAUGUUACAGAAAUGGAGCAGUCACCCGAUGGAUCUCCUAAUGUGAACACAACUACAGAAGAAAAUGAAAUAGCAAGUACUGUGGACCUUCCAGUGACAGAAACAGAAGCAAAUUUCCCUCCAGAAUACGAAAAGUUUUGGAAAACUGUAGAAAGUAAUCCUCAGGAUUUUACAGGCUGGGUAUAUUUGCUUCAGUAUGUAGAACAGGAGAAUCACUUGAUGGCUGCCAGGAAAGCAUUUGACAAAUUUUUCAUACACUAUCCGUAUUGCUAUGGUUAUUGGAAAAAGUAUGCAGACCUUGAAAAGCGACAUGACAACAUUAAGCAAUCAGAUGAGGUGCGUACAUUACUGAAUAAAAUUAUCUCCAUUAGGUACUGUAAGCCAAAUAUUAACAAAGCAAAGACUUUUUUUUUGGCUGGCAGUACCUACGAUUUAUGGUCAAACAAUUUUAUAGGGUAUUUUAUUUGCAUUUGUCACUCUUGUGGCAUUUGUAGCUAAUAUUUUCUCUCUUUGUUGGCAGGUGCGUUAAACCUCUACAGUUUGUCAAGCUUUGCAGUGCAAGCCUCUGUAUUACACUGCAGCUUAACAAGUAGGGCAGGGCUUUUCUCUCACUUACAUUUAUUUCUCAUUUUCCAAACAACAUAGUUGGUUUGCCAGUCACAUUUGCUACGUCUUAUUGCAUUUUUGGUCAGACGCUGUCAUUGAUGCUCUAACGGGUCUGUGCCCUAUGGUCUGUAACCCAAAGCCUGCCCACACAGCCCGGUCAGAAUGCAGGGACUGCUGCGCUCUGAAGAUCAAGACUCUGCACGUGGGGAUCAGAACAUUGCCAUGUUCUAUCCAACCUCCACCCAAAUGGUGUAUCGCCGGGGGCUUCAGGCAAUACCUCUGAGUGUUGACCUUUGGAUACAUUAUAUAAACUUCUUAAAAGAAACACUGGACCCUGGUGAUCCUGAGACAAACAGUACUGUAAGAGGAACGUUUGAGCAUGCUGUUCUAGCUGCGGGAACAGAUUUCCGAUCGGACAGACUGUGGGAAAUGUAUAUAAACUGGGAAAAUGAACAGGGAAACCUGAGAGAGGUUACAGCUAUAUAUGAUCGUAUUCUUGGUAUUCCAACACAGCUAUAUAGUCAUCAUUUUCAGAGAUUUAAAGACCAUGUUCAGAAUAAUUUGCCAAGAGAUCUUCUAACUGGUGAACAGUUUAUUCAGCUGCGAAGGGAAUUAGCUUCUGUAAAUGGACAUAGUGGUGAUGAUGGUCCUCCUGGUGAUGAUCUGCCAUCAGGAAUAGAAGACAUAACUGAUCCAGCAAAGCUUAUUACAGAAAUAGAAAAUAUGAGACAUCGAAUCAUUGAAAUUCAUCAAGAAAUGUUUAAUUAUAAUGAACAUGAAGUCAGUAAAAGGUGGACAUUUGAAGAAGGUAUUAAAAGACCUUAUUUUCAUGUGAAACCAUUGGAAAAGGCACAACUGAAAAACUGGAAAGAAUACUUAGAGUUUGAAAUUGAAAACGGGACUCAUGAACGAGUUGUAGUCCUCUUUGAGAGAUGCGUCAUAUCCUGUGCCCUCUAUGAGGAGUUUUGGAUUAAGUAUGCCAAGUACAUGGAAAAUCAUAGCAUUGAAGGAGUGAGGCAUGUCUUCAGCAGAGCUUGCACUAUUCAUCUCCCAAAGAAACCCAUGGUGCAUAUGCUUUGGGCAGCUUUUGAGGAACAGCAGGGUAAUAUUAAUGAAGCCAGGAAUAUCUUGAGAACAUUUGAAGAAUGUGUUCUAGGAUUGGCAAUGGUUCGUUUGAGAAGAGUAAGUCUAGAACGACGUCAUGGAAAUAUGGAAGAAGCUGAACGUUUGCUUCAGGAAGCCAUUAAGAAUGCCAAAUCAAAUAAUGAAUCAUCAUUUUAUGCUAUCAAACUAGCCCGACAUCUUUUCAAAAUACAAAAAAACCUUCCAAAAUCAAGAAAGGUGCUUUUGGAAGCUAUUGAAAGAGACAAAGAGAACACAAAGUUAUACCUCAAUUUACUUGAAAUGGAAUAUAGUGGUGACCUCAAACAAAAUGAAGACAAUAUCCUAAAUUGUUUUGACAAAGCUAUACAUGGUUCAUUACCUAUUAAAAUGAGAAUUACAUUUUCUCAGAGAAAAGUGGAAUUUCUUGAAGAUUUUGGUUCAGAUGUUAAUAAGCUUUUGAAUGCUUAUGAUGAACAUCAAACACUCCUAAAAGAGCAGGAUUCUUUAAAAAGAAAAGCAGAAAACGGAUCAGAAGAACCAGAGGAAAAGAAAGCACACACAGAAGAUACAACUUCAUCAUCUACACAGAUGAUUGAUGGUGAUUUGCAGGCAAAUCAAGCCGCGUAUAAUUAUAGUGCCUGGUAUCAGUACAAUUAUCAGACUCCUUGGAAUUAUGGACAAUAUUAUCCUCCUCCUCCAACCUGAUAAGAAAAUCAAAUAUCAGAUGGAAUGUGUGAAAAGUAUGAAAUUAUUUUUUUUUAAUGAGGGAUGUAAACAUAGUACAAGCUUGUUGUAUUUGAUAACUUGUCUUCCCUGUUUCUGUGUAACAUGAUUUGUUUAGUAAUAGGGGAAAAUGUCACUUAGUAGCUUACCACAGAUACUAUUUCCUACCAUUUAUAAAAUUUACUUUUUAUUGGAGAACUAUUUUUUUGAUUUUUUUGCAUUAAGUGGUCUAGAAUUCUUUUGCAAUGCAUUUGCAACAGUUUUGUAGCCUUAAAGGUAGGAAAAAAAACUGACUGCAAAUCACGUCAGUGUAGGACAAGAUUCUGAAAACACAUAAGGGCUGGUUAUUAAGGAUUUACCUCCUCUUUAAAAAAAAAUGGAUUUUUAACCUUUGCUGACAAGAUACUGUCUGUGUUUUGAUUAUCCUUGUGAAUUUGGAUCUAACAGCAGAAACAAUGCCUGUUUAAAAUAUUGUCUUGGAAUAGAGAUAAUAAAUGAGGAAAUGGAAUGUUUGCAUCCCUUUGAAAAAAAGAAAAUCAUAUCAAAACGAUGUUGUUUCAGGAGACUUUGUAUUUGGAAUAUUCAUGUUAAACUUGUGAGCAAGCUUUCAUUUUGAUCAAACUGAUCAUCUUCAUUUUUGUAAUAAAACUGAAGACUCAUCCAAUAA